AUGUUAAAAGGUUUAAGAAAAAAAGCUUCAAUAUUAAGUUUAACGUCAACACAAUCAAAUUCAUCAUCAAAUUCAUCAUCGCAUGUCAAUCCUAGCAAUAAUAAUAACAAUAAUGAUUAUGAAAGAGUAGUGAAUCAAGUUCAUGAUUUUGAAAUUGCAUUAAAAGCUAUGGAUUAUUUAUUAGAUGAUAAAACAAGGCAGGGUACAGAAUUAUUAAAACAUGAAUCAAUUAACCAUAAAACAAAUUCAGAUCAACCGCAUGCAAUUUUUCCAUUAGCAUUAGGUGUUAUGGAAUUCAUUGAAGCUACAUUAGGUUUUGAACCUGAAGUUAUGGCAAAAGCUCAUAAAACUUUAUCAGAAGCUGAAAAUUCAUCACUAAAUAAUUCAAAAUUUAAUGCUAAACAUCAAUUAUCUACCUCAUUAAUAUAUCCGCCAGGUACUGAAUUUCAAGUCACUUAUGCAGAAUCUACAUUAUUAAAUGCGUUAUUAAUGUUAUUAACUGAAAAUAAUGGUAUGGUUGAAAGCGCAAAAGCAUUAUUUAAAUUAAGAAAAGCCUAUCAAACAUUAGAUGCAGUUUAUAAGAAAAUUAAAGAACUGGAACCUAUUUUCAAUAAAAAUUUAGCUAAAAUAAAGAAGGAAUUUAAUAAAAGUAAAGGUGAUGGUAUAAUAAAUUUACCAAAUCAUUCCAUUAGUACAGUUGAUUUACCAGGUUAUAACUCACAAACAAGUUCAUCAAGUUCAAUACCGCAAGAUUUAAAAUUGAUUAAAGAUUUGGAAAAAGUAUAUAUGAUGAGAAAGGCAAGAGUUGAAGGUACAAAUUUGGGUAAUAAUAGAAAUAAACCUAUAAAUUUAUUUGAGGAUUCUAAUAGUUCAGUAACUUUAGCUAAACAACAUCAAAUUCGUGAUAAAGAUAUUGAUAAUUCUGAUGAUGACGAAUUUGUGGAUGCAUUGGAACAUUUAGAUAUUGAUUACACUGCAAAUAGUCUGCAAUUUUUAAACUCAAGUACACAGUCAAUAUUAUCAUCAAUUGAAACUUCUCCUAGUGAAUCUCAAGGAAGUCAAAUAUCUGAAAAUAAUCAUUUACAUGUAUCUACAAUUGAUGAAUUUAUACAUUCUGGUGUUCAAUUAUGUUUUGGUGUAUUACAAGUUGUUUUAUCAUUAAUUCCACCAGCAAUUGGGAAAGUUUUAUCAAUAGUUGGAUUCAAAGGUGAUAGAGAAGUUGGAUUAAAAUUAUUAUGGAGAACAGCAAUAACUUCAAGAAAUAUUCACGGUGAAUUGGCCCUUUUAUUUUUGUUAGUAUUUUAUGAUGGACCAGUUCAAUUUGUUGAUAACGGUUUUCAAUUACCCAAUAGUAAUAAUAACAAAACAAUACUUAAUUUAGAAAAUAAAUCUACAGUUUCGGAAUCUGAAUUGAGUAAAAUUUUGGAAAAUCCAUCUGAUUAUACAAGUCAAUUAUUAAAAAGAGCAAGAUCAUUUUUUCCAAAUAAUGCUCUUUGGGUAUUACAAGAGGGUAGAAUGUUAGCAGCAGAAGGUGAAUUAUAUAGAGCUAGUGAGCUUAUGCAAAAUUUUACCGAUGACUUAAAUAAUAAAAUUCAAAUGCAACAAGUUGAAGCUUUAUUAACAUUUGAUCGAGCUACAAUUUACAUGUAUCAGCAUAGAUAUGAUGAAGCAGCAAAAGAUUUAAUAUAUUUAAUUGAUAUAAAUUCAUGGUCAAAAGCUGUUUAUUUAUUUAUGGCAGCUUCAUGUUAUUGUGAAAAAUAUAGAAUGAUAAAAAUGGAUGUCGUCAAAUCUGAAAAUAAAUCACAAGAUUUAAAUAAAUAUUCAAAAUUAUUUGAAAAAUAUUUAAAUUUAUCAUUAAGUUAUGUACCUGGAUAUGGUACAAAUGCACAAAAGAAAGGAGGAUUAGGAGGAUCAGGUAAACAAAUGCCAUUUGAUAAAUUUUUAUUAAGAAAAGCAAAACAUAUUGAAAAUAAUAAAAAAUUACACCCAAAUUUACCAAUUGUUGAUGUAGUUGGAACUUCAUUAGUUCAUGAAUUAAUUUAUUUUUGGAAUGGUUAUAAUAGAAUGACUGAACCAGAAUUGGUAAUUACUUUAAAAAUGUUGACUUAUUCAGGUGCAUCAAAUCUGGAAUAUUCAGCAAAUUCAACAAGUUCAAGUUAUUCAUUAAUUGAAGAAACUGAAGAUGAAGCUAUGAUUAGAUAUUUCUUACAAGCUAUAACUUUAAGACAAUUGGGUAGAGUUAAAGAAGGUUUAAAAAUUUUAGAUUCACAAGUCAUAUCAAAAUAUGUCAUAUCUGAUUCUCCACAAUUUAAAUUUACAAAAUUAACAUAUAGUCCAUAUUUAUACCCAACUGCAAUUUAUGAAAAAUGUAUGUUUGUAUGGUUAUUAGAGACAAGAAAACAUGGUUCAAUUGAUAUUAAACAAGCUGUUCAUGAUAGUAAAUCUUGGCUAAAAAAAGCUGAAAUUGUUGGUGAAGGUGAUUAUGAAUUGAGUAAUAGAACAAAUAUGAGAAUAAAAGCAGCAGGUGAUAGAUUAGAUCAAUUAGGUAAUAUAUAG